AUGACAUACGGACGGCCGCAUAGGGUCCCCCAGCAACAACCACUUCGAGAAAUUUACUUUGAAGCCCGCCUAGCACGCUUCAAAGAGCACAAGCACAGGCACACAGGCACACAAGCCACACCCAAAAGUUCGCCGGACUACAGCGAACGCACCCGCCAAGCAGAGCUCCGGACCUUCGGUUCGAUCGACGGGGAUUCGAGGUCCACGCUGCCUCGUACGCAGUGGACAGUGGAGUUCCACAACGCGUACCUGGCGUCUCUCAUCAUCCCAAAUAGGGUCGUCCCCGGCACCCCGUUCGCUCCAAGGGGAGGGAGCCAAGGCCUACUCUACGGGAAACGACACUUUCGAGGGAACCGGAGGGCUCGCCAAAUCAUGAGCAGCCCUACCGUCGGGUCCCUUCUGGCUGCCAUUGCGACACUCGUCAGCGAUGGCCUGCGUAUCUUGAAGUUCGCCGAUAAGCGCCAAUGGGGACCUGACGAGCACGAGCAAUUGCGCCUGCUGGAGGAUACUCUCGACGACGCCAAGAAGGACUUUCAGGAGCUAUCUGUCCUUGUCAACGGACAGCGCUAUUAUAUGAACGACCGCAAACCUCCGUCAAUAGCCGAGUUGCGAGCUUUACAGUCCAAGGUUGAGCAUCAUAUCGACAACUUUAAAGAUUGGGCGAGAACAGGCGGACCGAUCAAUCCGGUUUGGGCACGAGAAACGACGCAAUUGCGCCGCGAACUGCAUCGCGCACAAUGCCGAGCGGCUAGGAGGAUAUUCGGGGCAGAGCAAGAGGCUUCGGCAAGAUGCCUGGGCGCCUUUCUCGUCUACAGAAAACAGCGGGAAUGGCAGAGUCGGCCAGCUACUUCGGAGGAGGAGCACCACCGACGACACGUGGAAGAGGUAGUAGCAUGCAACACGAGUGGCAAGUUCGAGCGGUUUGGCGACGGAGGCAUCGCAUUCGUUUGCGACUUUUGCGACGGCCAUCUUGUAUGGGAGGACUUGGAGAGCAUGCCAUCAUUACGGACAGCCGAAGAAUCCAGCACGCGCCCAGUACCGCCUGUUUCGCCUACGACCGGGAUGCCAAAUUGGCAGGCGACCGGGUUCACCGCCGAUAAACGAAGAGAGGAGAAGACGGUCAUAUUUGCGCCUCUAGCAAUAGCGAAUCAUAUGGCGCCGUAUCAGGGAGACUGGGUAGCUCGACUCCUAUGUCCUUUCUGCGAUGAGGCGCCAUAUACCGAGGCAGGCGGUGAUAGCGACGAUGAAAUGCGGAAUGCCCAGGACGAAUCCGGUUUCGAAGAUCUCCAGGCCUUCCAGGAGCACCUGGAGUGGCAACACACAGCUGCAUCGAUACCCGCCGUCCCCUUACCCAAGGCAGCCAAGGACUGCGUGGUGAUGUGA